GGAACCAACCAAGAGAGAGAGCGCCGUGAAUUACAGAGAAGAUGAAUUGUGUGAGAGUGGGAACAUUGGUCAAACGAUAUUCCAACUCCAGAUCCAGAUCCCAUUUCCUAGCAUUCCCGGAACGCCGCCGUCCCAUCUCCUCCCCCUCCUCGUCUCCCACCGAGGAAAUCUUAAAACCCACCUCCUUCAAUUUCAAAAAUUACGUGGCCCAAAAAGCCAAUACCAUCAACCGAGCCCUCGACGCCGCCGUUCCGCUCAAAGAUCCCAUGGAGAUCCACAAGGCCAUGCGCUACUCUCUCCUCGCCGGUGGCAAGCGAAUCUGCCCGCUCGUUUGUAUCGCGGCCUGCGAGCUCGUUGGCGGCACCGAACCCAUGGCCAUGCCCGCCGCUUGCGCCGUCGAGAUGAUCCACACCAUGUCUCUGAUCCACGACGAUCUUCCUUGCAUGGACAAUGAUGACCUCCGCCGAGGGCAGCCCACGAGUCACAAGGUUUUCGGCGAAGCCGUGGCGGUUCUCGCCGGCGAUGCACUCCUUGCAUUAGCGUUCGAGCACAUAGCCUCCUCCACGGUGGGCGUGCCCUCUGCGAGGAUUGUCCGUGGAAUUGGACAGCUUGCGAGGUUCAUUGGCGCUGACGGGGUCGUAGGCGGUCAAGUAGCUGAUUUAACUUCAAAGGGGCAGUCUGAAGUGAGUUUAGAGUACCUCGAAUUCAUUCAUCUGCGCAAGACCGCAGCCAUGUUGGAAGGCACUGCGGUUCUUGGAGCUGUGCUGGGUGGUGGUUCCGACGAGGAGGUUGAGAAACUGAGGACUUUCGCCAGGUACACUGGAUUACUUUUUCAGGUAGUGGAUGACAUUCUCGACGUGACAAAAUCGUCGGAGGAAUUGGGGAAAACGGCGGGGAAGGACUUGGUGGCCGAUAAGGUUACGUAUCCCAAGCUAAUGGGUAUCGACAAAUCGAGGGAGUUUGCGGAGAAAUUGAAGGAGGAUGCGCAGGAGCAGCUCUCCGGCUUUGAUCUCGAUAAGGCUGCGCCGUUGGUUGCCCUGGCCGAUUUUAUUGCUCAUAGAUCAAACUAGUCUCAUUUGUAAAUCUGUAACUUCUAACAGGUCGUUUUAGGGGAGGCUCCAUCGUUUUGGAGGAGGCUCUUUGUAGAGAUUUCCGAUUGGGCAAAUUACGUAUAAGGACUCUGCAUUUUUAUAAAAAAGAUUAGUUUAUUAUCAAAA